AUGUUUGAUCGAAUCUACGGAAAGCCCUACGAAGACUAUUCCAAGGAGGAGCACAAAUUCCUGGGUCUUCUUUACGCUGUCAUGGCGCUGGGUUGCAUGUACCGAAACCUGGACGAGAAUGCCCCUCCUGUGGUAUACAAGGAGUCGGUCGACGAAGGAAUGAAGUACUACGAUACCGCCAGGCGGAUCUUGCAAGACAUUACGGAAUGCCGGGAUCUGACCUCGCUUCAGGCACUGCUCUUUAUGAUUCUUUUCCUGCAAGCCACCUCGAACCUGAGCGGAUGUUACGCGUUCGUGGGCAUCGCCCUCCGGUCAGCCCUGCGCAUAGGUCUGCACAGGUACCUGAAGCAUGAGAAGAUUUCCAUCAUCGAGCAGGAGGUCAGGAAGCGGGUGUUCUGGGUCAUCCGGCAGAUGGACAUUUACGUAUCGGCCAUGCUUGGUUUCCCGCUGAUGCUCAACGCCGACGACAUUGACCAGCCGUACCCCAGCGAAAUUGACGACGAAUACAUUACGAACGAUGGUAUCCUGACCCCUCCCCCAGGGACCUUCUCCUUCUUCGAGGCGUUCAACGCGCACACCCGCUUGAUGGAGAUCUUGGCCAAGAUCCUCAAGUUCGUCUACCCCUUAAAAGGGCUUGGUCAGAGUGUUAUGAAGGGAGACAAGCCGGGUGCGACCUAUUUGAUCAGCUACUCUAGUAUCAAGCGGAUCGAGGCGGAGCUGCAGGAGUGGUACGAGGUUCUGCCUGCGCAGUGGCGGCCUAGGCCUGACGGGCCUGUCGAGGUGAUUCGAUUUGCCUACGCCCAUGUGCAGCUUGUUCUUUACCGCCCGUUCCUGCACUACGUUUCUCCCCGCCUAAGCAUGGGGAAGAACAUUGACGAGCUUUCCUACGCAUGUGCGGCGGCUUGCAUCAGCGUCUCGCGGAACAUUGUCCACAUUGGUAUCGAGAUCCGCAAGCAAAACGUGUUGGCCGGGCCAUACUGGUUCAUGCUAUUCACCGAGUUCUUUGCCAUUCUAUCUUUAGUGUUCUAUUCUAUAGAGAACCCCGAGAAGAUCGGUUCCGCGGAGGUGUUGGAAGAUGCUAUCGCAGGCAGAGACAUGGUUGCCAAACUGCAGUCUAAGAGUCAGGCAGCCGACAGGGUCACCGAGGCCCUCAACAUCUUGUUCGAACAGUUGCCUGAGAGGCUCCAGGAAGCCAAGGCUAGGCCGAUCCCCACCAAGAAGCGGUCGGCACCUGGGCAGAAGGCCAGCUCAGUGCCCAUACACGGGCAUCCGGCCCUGCAGCCGGGCACCGGCCAACGCCGAUCCGAAGAACUAAGCCAACCACCGAGCGUGGUGAUGGCUAACGGACGCAUGCCUCAGCCGCCACUCCGCACCUCGUUCGACGGUGUGCCAAUCUCAGAAUCAGGGUACCAGGACCCGGCCCUCGCGAGCAACAUCCAGGACCUGCUCGGCAUGGACAUGUCUUCGCGAGCGACCCCCGACUCGGUGAGCACCUCGGCGAGCUCGAACCGGCCGCCGCAGGGUUUCCCGCCGCCACAUAGCAUGAACCACAUCAGCAAGCUCGACUCGCUGAUGUUUCCGUCGGAGGAUCCUUUCGCCUACCCUAACCAACCCAUGAUGGAGUUAGGCUUCCAAAAGGGACCCGGGCCGAACAAUGUGAGCGGCCCGCAGGAUGCGUCCACGUUUAUGAUGCCCGGUGCAUUCGACGACAUCGACACCCAGCUUCUUGGCCAGUCGCCCGCAUACUUUUUGCAAGGACAGGGCCAGCAGCAGCAGCAACAGCAGCAACCCGGAUAUGACCUCUCAAGCAUAUAUCAGCACUCGGGAUACCAGGGCAUGCCCGACGCCGCGAGACUCGACCACGCACGCCGGGUACACAUGCAGCAACGGCCUGGAGAGAUCGACCGGAUGCUCGCAGAGACGGGCUACCAAGGCAACUGGGCGGGGAUGCUCGCCAGGAACGGAUUUCAGGGUCUAUAG